AUGAUCACACAAAUCGCGAACAAUAACGAUACCAACAUUCAUUCAUCAACCAUUAUGGACUACAAUGUGCAAUUUAAAUCAAAAAACAAUUCAACAAUAACAGUCGGUGAUGAAUCACAAGGUAGAGUCGAUAAUUUUAGUUCAGAUGAUGAAUUAUCUUACAUUGAAGAUCAGCCAGAAUUUAUAUCGUAUGGAGAUGAUCAGGAAGAACUGUUAUCAGAACAACUGUCUGCCUUUGGUUCAAACCAAACUGUUGAUGACUAG